AUGCGUUUGAUCAACAUACACACUGGACAGAUGAAAACUUUUCUUGGGUCUGACCGUCCGCCGUACGCGAUUCUAUCGCAUUGCUGGGGAACAGAGGAGGUCUCUUUCAACGCAUGCACCGCAGCAUUGAACAAUGGAGGGCAACUCCCGAAUAACAAAGUGACCCAAUUCUGUGCAUAUCUCCGGAGCGGUUCCUCCCAGUCGACUAUCCCAAAGGCGAUAACGUGGGCUUGGAUCGACACAUGCUGUAUAGACAAAGAGAGUAGCUCGGAGCUUUCCGAAGCUAUCAAUAGCAUGUACAACUGGUAUCAAGACUCUUGGGAGAGCAUCGCAUACGUGCAGGACGUUACUGCUGCACCUUGCGCUGAAGGAUGUCGUUCCAGAUGUCAAGAAUGCAUUGCAACACUUCGUCAAUUCGAAGAGUCAAGGUGGUUCACACGGGGCUGGACCUUGCAGGAGCUCAUCGCGCCGCAAAAACUGAUAUUCGUCAACAACAACUGGCAGAACUUUGGUUCCGGAGCUACCAUCGUCCCACGGAUCGAGUUGCCUAUGUCACAGAUCAUCGAGAGAGUUAUCAGAGUCCCUCUGAUUCUCUUGGAAGACCCGGAUCAAUUAGUCGAUUAUAGCAUGGCGCAGCGCAUGAGCUGGGCGGCCACACGCGACACUACCAGAAGCGAAGAUCAGGCCUAUUGUCUCAUAGGUCUCCUAGGCGUCAACAUGUCAUUGUUGUACGGCGAAGGGGGCCAAGCUUGGAUUCGACUCCAGCAUGAAAUAGCAAGGACCUGGAAUGAUGAGUCCAUCUUCGCCUGGGAUCUCGACGACAUUGACGAACAACCGUUGCUUACUUCGAUUUGA